AUGGCGGAUUCAGAAACUCAAAACUCUCAAACCAAGAAACAGCCUGAAAAGACAUAUGAAGGAUUUGCUAGAAUCCUGUACAACUUCGUGUCGUUAGUGGAGGGUUAUGACCAACAGAUGUUACCCAUGUGUAUGAGAGCCUUCGAGAUAACGCUGGGCGUUUCUCAGUCUCAGUUGUCCACGAUGGCCACCAUGUCAACUAUGUCACAACUGGGAUGCUGUUUAAUCUGGGGUAUUCUGGUGGACAACAAUGACCCACAAUAUGUUCUUGCUGCAGGGUUGCUAGUUGUAGGCAUGGCGUCUAUUCUUCUAAGUACUGCGUCGCACUACAAAGUGAUUCUGUUCUUACGCUUCCUACACGGCUUUGCAUUCGCUUGCAUAUAUCCAUCACAACAAAGAAUUGUUUCGGAUUCUCAAGAUGAAAGCAAAUUCAGUAUGGCUACUACGGCUGGCGUACGUCUUAUGUUAUGCUGGGAUAUAUGUGGAUCUUGGUUGGUAUCGCCAUUGCAUUAUGGAUGA